AUGGAGCCUGAUCAAUGUAUUGGCCCUGAUGUCAACUUCAACUCCAUCCUAGCUAUUGAUCUUGAUUCUGGGAGGAUUCAAUGGAACAGGCAAUUGGGUGGCUACGAUGUUUUUUAUUUUGCUUGUUUAAUUCCUAACAAUCCUGAUUGUCCUCCAGGACCCAACUUGAGUGCAGAUUUUGGGGAGGCUCCUAUGUUGCUUACCAUCUCUGUUAAUGGAACAACUCGUGAUGCUGUGGCUGCUGUACAGAAGAGUGGAUUUGUAUGGUGUUUAGAUCGUGACAAUGGUAGAAUUCUCUGGUCCAAGAAGGCAGGGCCGGGCGGAAUUGAGGGAGGAGGACAAUGGGGUGCUGCCACAGAUGGGCGAAGGGUGUACACAAACAUAGUCAACAGCAACCGUGAAAACUUCACCCUCAAACCAACGACCCAAACAACAACAGCUGGGGCAUGGGUUGCUUUGGAUGCUAAUUCAGGGGCAAUAUUGUGGUCCACGGCCAACCCCAGCAACGACACUGCCCAUGGCCCUGUGACGGUUGCCAAUGGAGUACUAUUUGCAGGGUCUGUAGCCCCAAAUGGUCCUAUUUAUGCAAUAGAUACCAGCAACGGCAAGAUUAUUUGGGCCUACACACUGGUGCAACUGUUUAUGGGGGUGCCUCAGCCAACUACGGCUGCAUUUACAUUGGGCAUGGAUACAAGGUUGACCCUGCUGCCCAGUUACAUCCAACUUGGACUCCAGGAACCUCAUUGUUUGCAUUCUGUAUUGUGUGAAGACUAUGAAAGUUUACAUAAAUAAGGAAAGAAAGACAUCAGAGAUGUCUUUUAUGGUUUUAUUUAUUCUGCAUUAAGUGAAGACCCUAUGAAGGUUUCUCAUGUUAAAAUUUACAUAAUACAAGGAAAGAAAGAGAUCAUAUUUGUCUUUUAUGCUUUUACUUAUACUGGUAACUCCCUUUCAUUAUGAGUCUGUCCUCCCAUCAGGUACUCCUGAACAACUCAAGAUGUGGCCUAAAUUGUGGAGCAAAAUCAGCGUCAUGUUAUUCACCACAUCAACCACGUUAGUCAUGCUUCCUCAAAACAAAAGUUAAUGUUAGUCAUCAACCACACAGCAUCAGUUCAGCUGGAAGUCGAAAUUCAAAGGAUUUGGGUGAACCACUGUCCAAUCCAGAUUGAUAAAAACACAACCAAAUCUGCUAUGAAAAAUCCAUGAGAUUCCUCCACAAUCA